GGAAGUGCGGGCAUUCUGGGUAAUUCGCUGUUUACUUCCUGCAAGAGGCGGCUGUGGCUCAUUCCCUCCCUGUUCUUCCGUGGGAGAAGAUGGCUUUGGAGACGGUGCCGAAGGACCUGCGGCAUCUGCGGGCUUGUUUGCUGUGUUCGCUGGUCAAGACUAUAGACCAGUUUGAAUAUGAUGGUUGUGACAAUUGUGAUGCAUACCUUCAAAUGAAGGGUAACCGAGAGAUGGUAUAUGACUGCACCAGCUCUUCUUUUGAUGGAAUCAUUGCGAUGAUGAGUCCAGAGGACAGCUGGGUCUCCAAGUGGCAGCGAGUCAGUAACUUUAAGCCUGGUGUGUAUGCAGUGUCAGUCACUGGUCGCUUGCCCCAAGGAAUUGUGCGGGAGCUGAAGAGUCGAGGAGUGGCCUACAAAUCCAGAGACACAGCUAUAAAGACUUAGCGAGAUGCACAGCUGCCAACAUGUUUGCUCCUCAUCUCUGCCUCUGCUUAUUUUUUGUUGUGGAACUAAACGAGCAGAACCUUCACAUGCGUCCCACCCUCUGAUUCUGGGACUCAGCAGACUGUUGAGAAAGCAGCACAAUGUGUCCUUGGGCCAUUUUACCUUCUUUGGACUACUGUGGGGGUGGGAGCAGUUUGGGUUGGUGGAUUUACAGAGACUGAAUUCAGUGGGGAGUAGGAUGCUGGUUUUCCUACACACAGCCCAGGGCUGCGCCCUUGCCCACGGGCAGGACUCUGAGUCAAAUGCCAAUAAACAUGGACCCCUAGGAAUGUU